AAGAGCCGGGACGCGGAGAAUUCGCCCGCUGAAGCUACGAGUCCGGUAGGCAGCUGGCGGCGGGCUGUUGGCAGCUGCUGCGGGUUCCCCGCCAUGCCGGCCCGCUGCGUGGCCGCCCAUUGUGGCAACACCACUAAGUCAGGCAAGUCCUUGUUCCGCUUCCCCAAGGAUCGCGCGGUGAGGCUGCUAUGGGACCGCUUCGUGCGGGGCCAUCGCGCCGACUGGUACGGGGGCAAUGAUCGCUCUGUUAUCUGCUCUGACCACUUCGCCCCCUGCUGCUUCGACGUCUCAUCCGUCAUCCAGAAGAAUCUGCACUUUUCCCAGCGCCUGCGGCUGGUGGCGGGCGCUGUGCCCACUCUGCACCGGACACCGGCCCUGCCUCCCGAGGAGCGCCCGGAGAAGCCGGCGCCGGCCCCGGCCCCGGUCCUGGUUCCAGCCCCGGCCUCAGCCCCAGCCCCCAAGGCGGAGGAGCACGGAGAACCCCAAGCGGCCGCUCAGCAGCCAGACGUCCCUCCAGCCGACCCCCCGCCCUUCAGACCUCUCCUCUCCUCCAGGAAAAGGCCCGCGACAGCCCAGAUUACUUAUGAAUAUGAAGCUACCCAGACACAAGUAGAUGUUGAUCACCAAUCUAAUGAUGUCACUUCAGUGCUUCCUUACUGUGAAGAAGGCUUAGUGUCUAUAGAUGUUGAUGUUCAUGCACUUAAGAUGCAUAAAAGUACACAAAUUUCUCUGAAAAGGCCCCCUCAUCGUAGUGUGGGUAUUCAGGCUAAAGUAAAAAUAUCAAAUAAACAACCAUGUGAUGCAACUACACAAACAGAUGAAUUAUGGUCUGUUCCUAGAACGUCUUCCCUAUUUGACAUUUACUCCAGUGAUUCUGAAACAGAUACUGACUGGGAUAUCAAGAGUGAACAGAGUGAUUUAUCUUACAUAGCUGUGCAGGUUAAAGAAGAGACAUAUUGAAUGUGGACAUCAUCUAAUCAUUCAAUGUAUUAUAGAUUCUAAUUCUUACCAGUGUAUAAUUAUUUCUUUGAUCUUAUGAUUCUGUUACUUUUUCAUGAAAAUUUGAUAUUUUAUCACCAACAAGCCUUGUUUUAAGUGAGACAAAAAUUUGCCUACAUUGAGAGCUACUGAAAUUGGUUCUUAUUCCUUCACCCUAUGUUCUUUUUUUUUUUUUUUUGGAAACUAGCAAACCCAUAUAAAAGUGAAUUAAGAUUUCCCAAGACAAAUCAAGCAUCCGCUACUUAAGGAUAUUGUUAUUCUUGAAACUAAAACUAUAAAACAACAAAAUGACUACAGAAAAAACCAAAUAAUAGUAAAUGAUUAGGAUAAGAGUAGGAUGUUUAUGUUUAGAUGGUUAUGUAAUAAGAUGACAUGUAUUUUGUUUAGUUCUAAUAACAUUAGAAUUAUGGCUCUGUACCUGUGGGAAUUCCUAGUGAAAGCUUUGUAUCUCAUAGAAAAUUUUCUGUGGAUAAUGGCAUAAUUGUUGGUUGGAUUUGGUUUACUUAAACUGUCUUGUGAGUCAGACUAACUUACAUCAAUUUACAGUUUUAGCUAAUUUAAAUUUAUUAAUUUCAUGUAUAGGAAUUGUUAAAGUCUUAUAUAAGACUGUAUUCCUAGAAGAAUUUCAAAUAUCUGUCCUUAACGUAUAGGAAUUGUUAAAGUCUUAUAUAAGACUGUAUUCCUAGAAGAAUUUCAAAUAUCUGUCCUUAACCUAGUUUUUCCUCUAUCAAUACUAUUUUUACUCUUUAUUCUAAUAAAUUAAAUGUUUGAAAAGUAUAUGCAACUUCACUUGCAUCAACCAGGGAAAUUCCUAUGGCAAUAUCAUUCAAAUAGCCAUUCCAUUAUUGUAGUUUCUGAAGAAACUUACUUUAUGUACUGUAAUUUUUUUUUUUUUUAAGAACAGUGGAAAGAAGCUUCCACUAUGCAUCUCUUGUGUACUGUUGGUUCUGUGCAAAUUGAUUGCACAUAUUUUAUCUCCAAAGGUGUAAAUAAUAAAAGGUUUUUUGAAGUUCAUUUCAAAUGUGAUUUAAUUUGACCAGUAUAAUUUUUCUAAAUAAAAUAUAAAAUUUAA